CCAGCCAAUCCGCGCCAUGACACGCCGGCACGUGACGUAGGGCAAGUUCCUGCUGUGGCUUGAGGGAAACAGAUCGACAUUGUGCCACGGGAGAAUCGCACUUUGCGGCCUGUGGAACCCCCCCUCCCUGAGCGAUGGCCUCACCUGUCUCAGUCUACAACUCCAACGCCUUGGACACACACAUCUCCAGCUCCUCCAGAGAGUCUCUGAAGAUGGAGUUGUUAGCUGAUGUGUCCCUGCUGCCGGGGGAGGAGAGAAUUAUAGAUAAAGAAACCAUCUACAUCUGUCCGUUCAGUGGAGCGGUGAAGGGAAAGGUGUUGAUCACCAACUACAGACUCUACUUCAAGAGCUUAGAUCCUGAUGUGGCACUGACGCUGGACGUCCCUUUGGGUGCCAUCGGUCGGGUGGAGAAGAUGGGCGGGGCUUCGAGCAGAGGGGAAAACUCCUACGGCCUGGACAUCACCUGCAAGGACAUGAGGAACUUGAGGUUCGCCCUGAAGCAGGAAGGUCACAGCAGGAGGGAUAUCUUCGAGCUCAUCUUCAAAUACGCCUUCCCCCUCUCACACGGUCUGCCACUCUUUGCAUAUGUGACUCAGGAGAAGUACGGGGAGAACGGCUGGGACAUCUACAAACCCAUAGAGGAGUUCAGACGGCAGGGCUUACCCAAUAACAAGUGGCGUAUCACCUUCAUCAAUAAGAACUACGAGCUGUGCGACACCUACCCCACCGUGCUGGCCGUACCCUUUAAGAGUAAAGAGGAGGACCUCAGGAGAGUGGCAGCCUUCAGGUCCAGAGGACGCAUACCAGUCCUGUCAUGGAUCCACAGGGAGAACCAGGCGGUGAUCGUCCGCUGCAGUCAGCCUCUGGUCGGGAUGUCCGGGAAGAGAAACAAAGAUGACGAGCGCUACCUGGACGUGAUCAGAGAGGCCAACGACACCCCCAAACUCACCAUCUUUGACGCGCGGCCCAGCGUUAACGCCGUGGCUAACAAGGCCACAGGAGGAGGCUACGAGGGUGACGAGUACCAAAACGCAGAGCUGGUCUUCCUGGACAUCCAGAACAUCCACGUCAUGAGGGAGUCCCUGAAGAAGCUCAAAGACAUUGUGUACCCCAACGUGGAGGACUCUCAUUGGCUGUCCAGUCUAGAGUCCACACAUUGGCUAGAACACGUUAAGCUGGUGUUGUCAGGAGCCAUCCAGGUAGCAGACAAGGUCUCCAGCGGACAGUCUGUGGUGGUGCACUGCAGCGACGGCUGGGACCGCACCGCUCAGCUCACCUCUCUGGCCAUGCUGAUGCUGGACAGUCACUACAGAACGCUCCGAGGCAUCCAGGUGCUGAUUGAGAAGGAGUGGAUCAGCUUUGGGCACAAAUUUGCUUCGAGAAUAGGUCACGGCGACAAGAACCACGCGGAUCAGGACCGAUCCCCGAUCUUCGUGCAGUUCAUCGACUGCGUGUGGCAGAUGACUAAACAGUUUCCUACAGCCUUUGAGUUCAAUGAGCGCCUCCUGCUGACCAUCCUGGAUAAUCUCUACAGCUGCUGCUUCGGGACUUUCCUCUACAACUGUGAGAGUGCACGAGACCAGCACGAGGUGAGGCUGAAGACGGUGUCUCUGUGGUCUCUGGUCAACAGUAAGACGGAGAUGUCAGAGAUGUAUUUAAACCCCUUCUACACCCCCGAGUCCGGCAGGGUCCUCUACCCCGUCGCCAGCAUGCGCCACCUAGAGCUGUGGGUAACGUACUACAUCCGCUGGAACCCCCGCAUCCGACAACAGCAGCAGAGCCCGGUGGAGCAGCGCUACAAGGAGCUGCUGGCGCUCAGAGACGAGUACUUGAAGAAGCUGGAGGAGCUGCAGCUGUCCGACUCCUCCCCUUCCUCCCGUCUGGCUAACACCCCCAACUCCUCCUCCUCCACCUCCUCCACACCACCACAGCAAUACACACAACUACAAACUCCCCUCUGAGGGCUGGAGACACACACACACACACACACACACACACACACACACACACACACACACUCAGAUCUACUUAUUGACUUGCACUUAUGUCCUCUGAUUCCUGUCAGUCUCACAUACAGGGAACUAAUACGUAAAACAAAGAAUGCUUACAAGAGUUUAGAUUUUAUGGGUUAUUCUAACAUGUGAGGGUGAUUUAUGCAAUAUGUCACAGUACAGCCUUGUCACAAGAUGUUUUGUACACACACACACACACACACACACACACACACACUCACCACACAGGGAAGCCUUAAAGACAUUCAGUGGCUUUCAGUCCAAGGGCUUUUUACACACAGGGCACAUAGUGGAUGUGUAUAGGCGUUCAUUUAUUCUCUUCUAUAGAUAGAUCCCUUUAGCUUUCAUUUGUUAUGCUAGGCUAACCGUGGAGUCUCUCAUGCACAGCUCAAGUCAAAUUAGUGUUGUUUUUUACAUUUUAACUCAAAGUGUGAUUAUCAAUUUAACUUUUUCACAAGAUCUUGAACUGCCAACUCCACUCCCCGAUGAAAAUCCCUGAGAUGCACCUCAGAUUAUUUUUGUCAAGCGUAAGAAUAGAUUGUUUAAAUAAUAUGAGGUAAACAGAAAAAAAGUUAUGAAAAAGGGAGACAAUACAUUUCUUGGAAACACAUUUCACAGUGCGCACAAAGCGAGGUUACACUUUUGUCCCGCCUACGUCCCGCUACACAAGCGUUAGUGUCCUGUGUGAACAAAGCGAAAUGCUAAUCAAGUUUCUCACACUACUUCCUGCUGCACUGCACCACUCCCUUUGCUUUGAGGAAGUGUUAAGAACGGCUGUAUAUAUCAAGCAUUUCAGAUUUGGGUGGUUGAUGUGGAAUUAGUUGCUUAUCGACUGACGAUGAAAGCUAGCAUUGUCACGUUUGGUUAGCCACUGCUAACAGCUAAGCUCGCCUAAGCAGUAUUGUUCAGCACUUCCUAAGCUAGAGAGCAAAAUUACUUCUAGUCAACUAAAGAGUUUGGCUAGAAUCAAUCAGUAAUAUGCUUUAAUAAAUGCAACUUUGGAAAUAUUUUCAUAUGCUCAAGAUGAUCUUGGGACAUGAAGUGGUGCUGGCCCCUGAUCCUGGAUCCCCUCUAGGGACAUGAAGUGGUGCUGGCCCCUGAUCCUGGAUCCCCUCUUGUGCUUCUGUUCUCAGAUCCUGAAUGAAAGUCAGCCAUGGUCCAUGAUAGCCUUACCAUGCCAAGAUGUUUGAAACCAGCCCCAGUUAUAGGGACAGGGGGCAGAAAUUAACCAGUUACUCUCACUCCCCCCCUUUACUUUUCUUUUUUUUUGUAAACCUGAGUGAUUCUAGAUAUUCUAUCCACAACAAAAGUCUCAUAUGAAACUUAAUCUCAUAGAACGUGUGCCUUUUGGACAGGUGUUGAUAUAUCCCCUCCUUGUUUCAUGUGGGUCAGUUUUUACAUUAGAAAGGGAAGUUUAAGUCAGAAUUAAGGGUUUAUUCUCCAUUUGCCAGUUAUCUGAUUAAUUUAGGUAACUGUCAUUGGAUGGACUUGUUUACAACUGCUUGCUUGGUUGUCUCUCUGCUCAUGUUUUUGUCCAAUUGGAAUCCAGCUUUGAGUAGCAAAGCAAAUACUGUUUAUCUGAAGAUAUUAGUUGGAAAUUUGUGCAAAACGGGUUAUCAAAACCUAACAAAGAUGGCGAAAGCUAAAACAAAAUAAAAAUUGGGGAAAUUAUCCUUGAUUUUAAAUGGAAAGUAACAUA